AUGUCACCAUUAACGGGGCAUCACCAUCACACCAUCACCACACAGUCACCACCAUUGCAAGCGCAGCAUCACCACAUAUACAUCUCAACCACUGUAGUCGCUAUUCCCUGCACAUCACCACCAGUACAUCACCUUCACCGCAAGCAAACUGUCACUAUUAAUUCAUCAACACCAUCUUCACGUCACCACCAGAGAUCGCCCCCAUCACAAGCAAACCGUCAUUUCUACAGCCGAUAUUGUCACCACGUUCACAUCACCACCAGCACAUCGCCCUCACCACAAGCAAACUGUCACCAUUAUGAACACAUUUUCCUGGAGAUAAUGGGAAAUCAUCACCAUCUUCACAUCACCACCAGCACAUCGCCCUCAUCACUACAACCGAUUCAUCACCACCUUCGCAUCAGUACCAACACAUCGCCCUCAUCACUACAACCGAUUCACCACCACCUUCGCAUCGCCACCAGCAUAUCACUCUCAGAACAUAACCAUGCAAUCACCACCACCGCAAGCACACGAUCACCACCAGCAUAUCCCCACCACUGCCUAUCAUCUUCACGAAGUUUAAAGAGCCCGGCGAUCAACUCGAUAUUAUACAACAUUUUAAGAAUCUUGUUAAUACGCACCGUUUGGAAUUAUCGAAAAUCUGUAUACCAUCUAGACCCGUGCUCUCGCGACUGGUUUAGUAAGCGACCAGACGUUCCUCGGGCGCGACUCUCCGCCCUCUUGAGACCGUCUGGAGGCUCGGCCCGAGAAUCUCUUUCAUUAUAA